CUUGCUUUCUCACGACCUCCUCCACUCGAUGAGCAAAGCCUGCGGCAUUCAACUAAUAAGUAUAUGAAUCUACAGCACAACACCGAGUCAGACACGACAUCAAAUCAGCUCUAAUAUCUACGUAUCAUCCAUAUGCCCUCUUAUAACCCGGACAAAUGGAUAGAUCAACUCAUGGAAUGUCGCCACCUCCCAGAACCCGAUAUGAAAGUCCUUUGCGACCGCGUCCGCGCUAUACUCAUGGAAGAGUCCAAUAUUCAGCCCGUUUCGAGUCCAGUCACCAUCUGCGGCGACAUUCAUGGUCAGUUCUGGGACUUACUGGAGCUGCUGCGAAAGGGUGGACAGGUCCCGGAGACGAGUUAUAUUUUCAUGGGUGACUUUGUCGACCGAGGGCAUUAUAGCUUGGAGACCGUGUCCUUGCUGCUGGCACUGAAAGCUCGAUACCCAGAUAAAGUCACUCUCCUCCGUGGAAACCAUGAAAGUCGACAAAUCACACAGGUGUAUGGAUUUUAUGAUGAGUGCCAACAAAAGUACGGUAGCGCUGCUGUUUGGAAGGCAUGUUGUAGUGUAUUCGAUUUUCUCAAUCUCGCUGCUAUAAUAGACGGAGAGACUUUGUGCGUGCACGGUGGUCUAUCACCAGACAUUCGAACUCUAGAUCAGAUUCGUGUCCUCUCACGCGCGCAGGAAAUUCCUCAUGAAGGUGCUUUCUGUGACCUCAUGUGGUCUGAUCCGGAAGACAUCGACACUUGGGCUGUCAGCCCACGCGGAGCUGGUUGGCUAUUUGGCAGAACAGUGACGCGAGAGUUCAACCAUGUCAACUCCUUGAGUCUCAUUGCUCGUGCACAUCAGCUCGUGCAAGAAGGGUACAAAUAUAUGUUUGAUGACCAGCUCGUUACUGUGUGGUCUGCACCAAAUUACUGCUACCGAUGCGGUAACAUGGCGUCCAUACUAACAAUAAAGGAGGACGGAAGUAGGGAUUUCACCGUUUAUGAUGCCGCCCCCGAGAACGAAAGAGAUAAGGGAAUGCAAACAAAAAAGAUGAAUACAAUGCCCUACUUUGUAUGACAUUGUGUAUUACGAUGUUUGUGUACAGCGCUAUUGACUUUUUUUGACACUUUGAUAUUGCACUUUUAGUUGUUCGUCUAUUUUGCCCAGUGGGGGAUCACGGGAUAGUACACAAAAUUUGGUUCUUUCGCUGACCAGUGCUUGAUGUUUUUCGUAAGAUAACGGGCCGAUUUUAACAUCUCGAUAGUCAUCCUGGGAUGAGUAUCAAUGGUUUAAGGUUACCUCUUGACUCGUUAUUUCUAGUAAAUGUUUUUCAUUCUGCCCCCCGCA